AUGGCGACACUAGGAAAUGAAAACAACGAAGAGAUUGUAUUACUGACUGGAACUGAUGAUAUCUAUUUUGGUGUGACUGUUGAUAAGUCACUUCUGGCUAAAACUCCAGCUUUGUUUGAACGUCAACUAGAAAAGUCCAUUGAAACAUGGCGACAAACAAAACGACGCGGUAUUUGGCUUUCUAUACCACAUGAUCGAACAGAACUUAUUCCUAUUGCACAGAAACUUGGCUUUGUUCUACAUCAUGCUAAACAUGAUUAUGUCAUGUUAACACAUUGGUUAGAUGAGAAAGAUCCUAAUCAAUUACCAAGUUAUGCCAUGUCCACAAUUGGUGUUGGUGGUCUGGUUGUUAAUAAAAAACGCGAAGUCCUCUUGAUACAAGAGCGUUUUGCUUAUGUGAAAGAUUAUUUCAAAUUACCUGGCGGCUGUCUUGAUAUGGGUGAAUCGAUUGAACAUGGUGUUGAACGCGAAGUAUUCGAAGAAACUGGCAUUCGUGCACAUUUCCGUGGCAUACUUUCCUUUACUUAUAAAGCAGAAUUUCGUUUUGGACAUGGUGAUGUAUAUUUCUGUUGUUUAAUGACACUCAACGAAGAUGAGGAAGAUCAACAGAUUAAUUACGAUCCGCUGGAAAUCGCUGUUUGUAAAUGGAUGCCACUGGAAGAAUGGGCAAACUCACCAGAAAAACAUCCUGUGGCGGUCACACUACAUACAGCGCGAAAGGCUGUCGAUGUUUUAGAAGGUCGUGCGGGUUUAUUAGAAGGCGAACGAAUUGAAGUAAAAUCACAGAAUCCGGGAAGACCGCCAUGGGACGUAAUGAUCUAUCGAGAUAAAUCCAAUACCGACAAAUGA